CAACGAACUAACAAAAUGAAGUUUCCUGGCAGCGAAACCAUGGGGCCGGUGCCUCUUUGCCCGCUCACUGCAGUCCUUUGCAAUAUCUGGACCUUGGUUUCUGCAGUCGUUUUCACGUAUGUGUUCUACGUUGGAGGUCUGUCGCCUGUAUACACUGCUGAUCUGCAAGCAGUCGAAUCUCAUUGUGGAAUGGCAGUUAUGUUGGUUUUCUCCGCCUUUGUGCUGGAAGCUGGCUUCUUGUGGAAUGGUCUUGUAUUUUCCAAUUCUGGCCAGCCUGACCUUGAGAAGAGCUUAAUCAAUCAUCGGCUCUUGGACUCGAUGCUAACACUUCUUGAGUACGUGAUCAAGUUUGUAACCGGGAUGUACAUUUGGCAUAAUGGAGGUCCUGUUCACACAGACCUGUGGGCCCAUGGUGGUCAUCGGCCUGUUUUUUUUGCUCGUUUUGCACAGUGGUCAGUUGCAGUCCCAGUCCUGAUCCUCAUUAGCAAUCGUGCGUUCCUGGCCGAGUUGGGUGUCCGAACAACGAUUCUACGAAGCGUGCCUGCUCUUGUGGUCACUUUCUGGAGUGUGUGGCUGUGUUGGCUCAUGGAGACAACAACAGUGUCCUCAUUCAGGUGGCUAUUGACAUUUGUUAGUGCAGUUGGGCUUUUCCUUCCCUUGGCAGACCAGCUCUAUUUGUCCCAGCAAUGCAGACAUGCAAGACUCUACAAGGUGAAGUUCGGUAUGCUAUUGUACCAAAUUGUGGUUUUCCUCCUCUACUCCUGCGUCUUCAUGGCUGGACGCGUUGGCAUUCUAUCAAUGUCUGCUGAGCAGGUGAUUUACGCAUACUGUGACUCCACUGUGAAAGUGCUUCAAGGGGCGCUGCUGGCCUUGAUUCGGUCUGCUGAGGACUCUCAAUUGAUCCAUCGCUGGUAUGGCGAGGCUGUUUCCGUGAAAAAGGAUUUCGACACCAUUGUGAAGCUGGUGCACGUCCCUGUUGUGACAUUCCUCGGGGAUGGAACGAUUAUCCGCGUCAAUGAAGCAGCAGCAGAACUCCUCAACACUGCCGAGAAGUCAGUUGCUGGUCUCAAUUUCAGAUCUCUGAUUGCCGUAGAGCAGCAGAAGCAGGUCUUUGACCAAGCGGUGAAGGAUGUCAAUCAAGGCCAGCAGAGUUCGGGCUUGAUCGAAAUCACCAGCAAGUCUCCUUAUCGGAAAGAGGAGCAAUACCUUCUGCUCAACUUCGUGCCUGUGGUGCUGGAUGGUGUCAAGGCAUUGGUUGCAAUUGGACAGAAUCUUACCGAGCUGAGCGAAUUGAAAGCCGUAGAGGAGAAAAAGAGCCGACUGAUGGCAGUCGUUUCCCAUGAGAUCCGAAGCCCCUUGCAUGGCAUGAUUGGCCUGGCCACCAGCAUGAUCGAAUUGGUGAACACUGACAAGCUCAAAAGGCAGUUGGGGAUGGUGAAGAGCUGCAGCACCAGACUUUUGGAUUUGGUGACCAACGUCAUGGACCUGAGCGAAGCAGAAGCCCGCAAGGACAACCCAAAUAUCCCGAAGUCGUCGAAGGUGGAUUUUCUUGCUAUUGCUGAAGAGGCCGUUGUCAUGAGCCGAAUGGCGGUUGACAAGGCGAACAAGCCUCUUAUCCAAAAAGGCGUCGAACUCAAGAACCGUAUAGCAGAGAUUGGGAAGGUGCCCAUUGUGAUGGGGAAUCAUUACAAAUGUACCCAGCUGAUCUACAAUCUCCUCACAAAUGCGUGCAAAUUCACGAAAGAAGGCUCAGUUUCUGUGUGCGCAAAGCAUAUCCAAGAACGGUCUAUCUUGGAGAUUUCAGUGGUUGAUACAGGCUGCGGCAUCUCACGGGAUGCGCAAGAGCGCAUUUUUAAGCCAUUUGAGCAGGAGCACAGCAGCUCUGGUGAUUCGCGCAACUUUCAGGGCUUGGGCUUGGGGUUGGCUGUGUGCCUGGAUAUCGUGCAGAUGCACAACGGUUCUAUCCGAGUAGAGUCUGAAGUUGGCAAAGGCUCAAGCUUCAUUGUCUCUUUGUCUUGUCUCAAUGAUGCGUUCUGCGAAGAACUGGCUCCAGUUCAAGUGGACAAAGAGGAAGACAGUGGAAAAGGUGAGAAGUCUCCACCACGAGUAGCUCGUGAAGAGACACCCCAGCGUCUUGUGCCUCCUCUCAAAGAUGUUCCGAAGCGGAAGAGGCCCUUGAUUUUGUCUGUGGAUGACUGUGAAGUCAAUCAAGAAAUCAUCAAGGCAGUCUUGGCGAACGAAUACGACUUGGUGUGCUGCAUGGACGGACACAGCGCAUUAGAAUGGCUGGAAAAGAACAGGAAGAACCAGCAGAUGUUGCCAGACCUUAUUCUUCUUGACAUCCAGAUGCCUGGAAUGACAGGCUAUGAUGUGUGCAAGAUAAUUCGCCAGCAUUUUGAGGAAUCUAUCACUGCCCUGCCCAUCAUGAUGCUUUCUGCAACUACAGCGAGCAUAGCCGCCAUAAAGAGUAAGGAACAUGGCAGUUCCGACUUUAUUUCCAAGCCGUUUGAGAAGGAGUUCUUGAAGAAGAAGGUUGUGGAGGCUUUGACUGAGAAAGAUGGACUAGCUCCUCCAGUGAUGCCCCGCCAGACAACAGAAGACCUGUCCAUGGACCUCUUGUCUGCAAGGGCAAAUGUGCUAGAGAUUGAGAAGGUCGAGCUUGAGGCUCGAGCCCUCAGAGCUGAACAGCGGGCAGCGAGACUGGACAUGAAGCUGCGGGAGCUGCGAAUCAAUGAUGAAGGCGGAAACCAGCUUCGUUCACAGGACGGCCUUGAUUUGAAAUGGCAUCAGAAUCAGGCACGAUUGGUCCUACAACAGUCCUUUGCCGACAAGGCGGAAAGACCUUCAGAGCUGGAGUACUUGCACAGUGAAAUUGUCCAACGAGACAUUGACAUUGCCCAGCUGGAGAGUCAGCUUGCCUCCAGCCGUGCUUCCAAUCAGCUUUUUGAAAGACGUCUGAGCAUGCAGAGUCGGCUCAAUCGGAUGCUUCAUGACACGAUUGCCGAAGGCAACACAUCCAAGGCAAAAGAAGUGGUUGACUCUGCCAGCUGUAGAGAUUAAGCAGCUGGUCACUGCAAAGAGGUCAGAUGUCCACAGUCCAAGUACUGCAAGAAGGGAGUCCGUCGGAAGCAGAUUGUCUGACUGAGCCUGGUUGACCUUCCAGGCUUUAUCGUCCACUUUCCCUGCUUGAUGACUCUGUGUUACUGCGCUGACACUCCUACGUUCUCUUGACAGGUCAAAUUGUGAGGCACUGUUUUGACAGGUUCAAACCAAAUACAAAAAGCACAGCUGUGAUAAACUGUGUAUGUUUGAAGUUGUGUUCUUUCGCUGGGGGCUAGGAGUUCUUGGAAUCCUGUUAAGGCGGCUUGCAAACGCGUGCCGUACAUAGUCACAUAUAGAGUUCUUGGCACUUUUUAAAAUGGGAAGUUGGGUGAUGGGUGGCCAGAAACACCUGGCUUUCUCUGUUGCCUGCCCUCUAUGGCUUGCUUCUCAUGCCAAAAGAGUCCCUGCACUUCAGAAAGGGCUUUGCAACCGCCUGAGCUUCUCCAAAAAGAACCCUUGAAUGAUUCUGUUAGGCGCGCUGCUUGCUACCAGCCC